CGACCAGGGGCGGGACCCGUUGGAUGGAUGACUGGAGUUUCCCUUGCGGUCUGAAGAUUAAUGGAAGGGCUCUGUUGAUCUUAGGAAUCGACUAUCAGAUGGUCCGUCCCAGGAAACCAUUGCACUUGACGGCUGGUUUGGGAACGACUGGACAGAUAUCCAUUUGAAAUAACAGUCAGCGGAAAUAACGAAUAACCUGGACACCACUUUUGUCAUCCAGGUCUCAACUGAAAAGGCCUGCCUACACAGAGAUAGCACCUGGCUAGGUCAGGCCAGGAUACGACUGCGAGGGACGCUAAAAGCUAACGCUAGCUUGCUCGUUAGACAGACGGAAAACAGCUUUCGACGAUCUGUCAGAUGCUCCGAACUGGAUUUUGGAUUAAUCAAGCCGUGUCUGGAAAUAAAGGACAAUCGAGUGCAGUCUUGAUUUGCCGGUGCUCGCUGGGAAAUUGACAAGCUAACGCUACCAAGCUAACAUUCACUGACCAUCUCUGCUAGAGUUAGCUUCCGUGCUAGCCUAGCUGACUUAAAGCGUUAGUGUUAGCUGCAGACUUGGAUAUACUCGCUUGGCUGGAGUUUUGUGAACUCACUGCUAGAGAAGUAUUGGAAGAAAUAUAUUUACUCUCAUUAGUCAAUAAUGAUAGCUGUUAGCUAGUAGCUAGCUGUCAGCUUCAUUGAGCCAAGCAACUGCGUUAGCUGUGUAGCAUCACACUACGACUUGUACAGGAAAACUCAGCCCGGACCCAGGGACUCUACCACCCGCCUGCCAUCAUGGGCAACACGCCCACCGCAAAGAAGGGCAAUGAGAUGGAGAGCGUGAAGGAGUUUCUUGCCAAAGCCAAAGAAGAUUUCUUGAAGAAAUGGGAGAAUCCAGCACAGCAAACUGCGGCAUUGGACCACUUUGAGCGUUUGAAGACCCUAGGCACUGGUUCAUUUGGCCGAGUCAUGCUGGUCAAACACAAAGAGACGGGCCAGCAUUUUGCCAUGAAAAUACUUGACAAACAGAAGGUAGUGAAGCUGAAGCAGAUAGAGCACACACUGAACGAGAAACGUAUCCUGCAAGCUGUCAGCUUUCCUUUUCUUGUGCGACUGGAGCACUCUUUUAAGGACAACAGUAAUCUGUAUAUGAUAAUGGAGUAUGUACCCGGGGGUGAAAUGUUUUCGCACUUAAGGAGAAUCGGUAGAUUCAGUGAACCACACGCCCGCUUCUACGCAGCCCAGAUUGUACUGACCUUCGAAUACCUUCACUCACUGGAUCUCAUCUACCGAGAUCUGAAGCCGGAGAACCUGCUCAUCGACCAGCAAGGUUACAUACAGGUUACAGAUUUUGGAUUUGCAAAAAGGGUGAAGGGCCGAACCUGGACGCUUUGCGGAACCCCAGAGUACCUGGCACCAGAGAUCAUCCUCAGUAAGGGUUACAAUAAAGCAGUGGAUUGGUGGGCUCUGGGAGUGCUGAUAUAUGAGAUGGCUGCCGGUUACCCCCCCUUCUUUGCAGACCAGCCUAUACAGAUUUACGAGAAGAUUGUAUCAGGGAAGGUUCGCUUUCCCUCCCACUUCAGCUCAGACCUGAAGGAUCUAUUGAGAAAUUUGCUGCAGGUGGACCUGACCAAGCGAUUCGGCAACCUCAGGAAUGGAGUCAAUGAUAUCAAGGGCCACAAGUGGUUCGCCACCACUGAUUGGAUUGCGAUCUACCAGAGGAAGGUGGAAGCUCCCUUUAUUCCUAAGUGCAAAGGCCCCGGUGACACAAGCAACUUCGAUGACUACGAGGAAGAGGAAAUCAGAGUCUCCUUCACAGAGAAGUGUGCAAAGGAGUUUGCUGAGUUCUAGAUUCCAACUAUGAGUAGCGGAGAGAGAGAGAGAGAGCCAGGGAUUUGGAAAGUUUAAAAAAAAGGGGGUCUGAAGACAGGAAGCGCUAGGGUGGACUGCUAACUUGCUUAUUUGUAAUGACGACAACAAUGUAAAUCCCCCUAGUGGAAAGGUAGGCAGAGCAAAGAAAGAUCCAACAGAACCAGCAGUGUUGCCUUUUCUGAUUGUUUCUCAACUGUUACCUAUUCAUUUUAUUUAUCCCUCUUGUGUUUGUGGCAGGGGCUCGAGGAGAACAGGCUGUUCAGCUAGACUUGUAUCUCUCUGAUGGUGUAAUGACACGUUUUCGGUCUUUGCAGGCUGAGGCAUUGAUUUUUCUGUUAAGGUACUGAAUCUGCUAGCCCCCCCCCCCUUUUUUUUCUUAUUUUGAGCAGGCCCCUCUCUACAAGCUUCUCAAAGAGUGAUUGUUGAAUCUUGUCACCCUGGUUGCCCCCCCUCCCCGUCCCUCCUCUUCUCCCCCUCCCUUCCAUCUCUCCAUCCUGAAUCUGUCCAAGCAAUACCAAGUCCAACAGAUGUGCCUAUCAUAAUGCCAACUGGUUGGAAAACUGUGUCGAAAGCAUUGGUGCAGAGCUUUGGCUAAUGGUGGCGUCGGCCCUUGUGCCCGUUUUUUUGGUUGAAAGCUUGAAAACUCUCUGCGCCUGCCUUUGUCUGCUCAGUGUGGCAUGAUUAUUGGGUAGAUGAUGCGCUCGCUGCUCGCAGUCGAAGCAGUGGUUGACCUCUUUGAUCAGAGUGAAAAUGAUUUAUCACAGUAAACUUCAUCUAGGUCUUACUGCUUUUGGGGACCUGUAAGAAAUGGUAAACAUGAGGUCUGCAUUUAAGUCUGUCUUUCUCUUAGCUGAAUUUAUUAGAGCAUUUUAAAAAAAGAAAAUCCUAUUGGUGAUCAUUUUGUCCUUUUAUGUCAAUCUCUGUGCUUGUGUGUUAUUUAGUGCUCAAGGGUGGGUUAAAAAGCUGUGAUUUAGCAGCAACUAACAUUGUGGUCACACUCCUGACUAUUGUUUAUUUAAUUCAUAGUACAUUUAUACAUGUAUAUUGAUAUAUAUAUAUGAUAGAGAACAUGAAAUAUCCAUCUUUUUCAACAUUGUCUCAUAGCUGUGAAACUGAAUUAAGAUUUCAUAAAUAAACAAAUAUAAAUUCUGCCAAAAUUUGCAAACUGAGAACACUGCAAAGUUUUCUGUAUGUAACUAUGAUGGUGGUGGAUUUUAAUACGCAAAAAAGUAGCAAAAUGUUUCAACAAAAUGUGCAUGUUAUUUUUGUACAAUAUCACUUCUAAAGAUGGCAGAGCGUUAUGCUUUAUUUGUGCUGAGGUACCCGAGAUUGGUGAUAACAUGCUUAACUAUAACAAUGGACUCUCGGCUGCUCUAUUUUGAAGAUGGAACAAGACCCAGAUAAAUGUCAGAAAGUUCUUCUGGCCUUAGUAGGGCAACAGUUUGCUGAUAAUUGUCACUGAACUUGUGCUUCUCACCUUGAUCAUUUUUUUUUCUCUCUCUCCCUUCCCCCCUUCUCUUGUAUAUACUUUACAUGUAACACCUUCACAUAGUUUUGCAGUCCAACCAAAUUUUUUGGGACUGAUGAGAUUGGAAUGUUUUGGGUCCCCCCCACCCCCUCCCGUUUUCCAGCUUUCUAUGUAACAAAUUAAACUAAGGAAGCUAUCCUAAAGUUGUCCCCUUUUGCCAAGUUUAUUUCUGUGGAUGCAAGACAAUCACAGACCAAAUCUUAUUGCUGGUUUGUUGACUGAACACAUUGUUUUUUUUGGUUUGAUGAAGGAUGUUUGCUUUCACCCAGCCCCCCACCCCCCACCUCCUCCAUAGGCCCUAGGUGCUAGACUUUGUCCAUCUCACUGAAAAAAAAGCUUCUGUGAAUCGUUUGAUGUGCAUCAAUCUAUUUGUCAAGUCUUGUAAACGUGAGAUUUUUGAGAAUGUUUUUUCGACUCUAAAUGAUUUCAGUAGGCUUGGGUGAUUACUUUGGGAGUCUCUUAAUGUAACACGAGAUCAAACGCAGGAUACCUUUUUGAAUGUCUUGAAUUGUCUGAUGGAGAUGUUUUCAGUGCUGUUCGGAAACAUGACGUAUAUUCUUUUAUAAGACAUGUUUCUCUGGCAAGCUUGUUUUUUUUUUCUUGCAUGUGGUAAAGCGACCCCCAACGGCGAGGCAUCCUUCCCCCGCUGCCCCUCCCCUCCUCCUUCACUCCACCCACCCCCUGGACCCUAAGACAUGUUUGAGAAACCGCAAUUUCCACAGCCAACAGCCUCAUCACCAUUUAACCUUUGAUUCGUGAGCGUCACACUCGGCAACGCAGUGGAUCGCCAACCAACUUGUCCAGUCUUUUGCAAAUAGUGAAGCACACGCCACUACUUUUCAAAUGUCCUAUUUAAUUGAUUUGUGCUAAUUUAAUUAUUUGACACUAUGUAACACUUUUGAAGAGAGCACAUGUGAUAUCUUUGGUCUUUCUGUUCUGACAAAAUCAGAGUUGGUGGGUAGAAGGCCACUUGAUCUACUUCAGACACUAAGGCCAUCACAAUGCUUUUUUUUGUUUCCCAUACAAAACUUGUUGUCAGUUGUCUUUAAUUCUUUUCUAUCAGCUAAACACUAUCAACUGAUCUGUGCUCGUUUUGAGUUUCUCUCCUGUGUUUGCCUUCUAUUUUCAUCAAGUUUUCACACACUCUUCAUUCAGACAUAACACUUUUUACAUCUGAGAUGUUUUGCGUUCAUAUUUUCUAAUUGUAUUUUCAAAAAAAGAAAGAAAAAAAAGCAAAAACAGAACAUUAAUCUUUUCCUCAUGACCUGGGUACAGUGAUUGUGUAGUCUAUUGUACCUUUUGGGAAACAAUACUGUAUAUCCUUGCCUUUGACAGUCUUAACUAUCUUACCCUCUGGAGAACUUGACAGAUACCCUUAGAACACAAUGAGUAUGUUAAAAAAAAUAUACAUAAAGUAAUAUUUUGCAAAAUGUAUCAUUCCAAUAAAGUUUUACUUGUUAAGACUAA